UAUCCGGUGCAGUCGACACAGACCCUCGCCACCAUGGCUGACAUAGAGCUUCCUCCAAUUGACGACGAGCAGAUGCAGGUGUUGAAGAGGGCCUUUGACAGCUUCGACUCAGACAAGAAGGGAGCCAUCUCGACAGAAAUCGUGGGUACCAUUCUCAGGAUGAUGGGUCAGACCGUCAACCGCCAGAUCCUUAGCCAAGUCAUCGAGGAAGUUGAUGUUGACGGUUCGGGAGAGCUGGAGUUCAAUGAGUUCGUGAUGCUGGCUGUCAAGUUCAUGAAUGAGGAGGACGAGGAGGAGCUCAAGAAGGAACUUUACGAGGCCUUCAGACUAUACGACAAGGAUGGCCAAGGAUUCAUCCCCACCAAGGUGCUGCGCGAGAUCUUACACGAGCUGGACGACAAGCUCACCGAAGAGGAACUCGAUGGCAUCGUUGACGAGAUUGAUCAAGAUGGCUCUGGCACCGUUGAUUUUGAUGAAUUCAUGGACAUGAUGACAGGUUAAACGCCCCACCCCGUACAUCAGUCACUCCCCCACGACCUCAUUGCUACGUCAUCAUUUCGUUACGCAACAUUAUAAGACCACACAGCUUCACAGGUGCCAUCCUGGGGUUGUUUAUGAAUGGAUUUACCAUCUAAGUGUUAUGUCCCUUGGACUCGAGUUAUUUAAAUUAGAAUCCAUCGGAGUCAAAUUUCAUCCCCGAUAGAUCACUCCGCCAUCUUCUUUUAGCUAGUUGUAAGAGAUUAACCUCAUUAGUCAAACAGUUCCUCAAAAUGGUCCUUCCCUUCGUAAAGUUCCAGUACAAAAGAGUCCAUAAGAUAUACUGUGAUUGAAUCGUUGAUGAAUAUUUUAUAAUUUUUAUACACAUCUAACUUUAAGUUGCGGUGGCUCAUAUAUCCCAUCUUAUUUUGCUAAAGUGCCUCGGUUCAUUAGCUUAGCUGUCGCGUCUUGUUACAGCGUUUUUUGUCUCUGUUGGUACGUGUCUCUGUCCUGUAUACGGUGGUGCCAUUGUCCCCUUACAUAUAACCCAUAGUGGUGCUGUUGGUGACUUGUAAUGGUACCCUACUGGAUCCACUUAUUACCAUGGUCCCAUAGUUGUUAUUCCUAUCAUUCCCUUCAAUGUUGCCUUAUGUUUCCCUGUCUAGAGUGGUGUCACAUGUUCCCAGUUCCCUCAUAGUGGUGCCACAUAUUCCUAGUUCCCCCAGAGAUGUGCCACAUGUUCCCAGUUCCUCGGUGGCACCACAUGUUCCCAGUUCCUCAGUGGCACCACAUGUUCCCAGUUCCUUCAGUGGCACCCAACGUGUUCCUGCCCCUCCACACCUCACCUCUGUAAGCUUGUGAUGUCAUGUUACUGGUAAGAGAAGUCGAAGGUUCUUGUAAGAAAAUAAAGAAAAUUUACCGA